AUGGCUCCAAACGACUUCAACCUUUACACUACGAAGCGGGCCGCGCGAAAAGAAGCAUGGCAUGGUCCAGGGACAGAAUGGAACCCUUUUUCGAAAACCACAAGACGCAGUAGUACAUUUCCAGCUCAACUUCCCGAUGAGGAAGCUUUAACAGGUUACGAGGACGUGGGCUUAAGAAACGUCAAAACUGAAGAUGGACCACGAUCAUCAGCGAGCCAAGCGCCGUUUUUUACUCAGCAAGGUGGAGGUGCUGUGGAGAUGCAGCAGUUGGACAAGACACCUACGAAUAAUGAUGGACGACCUAGCGAUCCAAGUACAGAAGAAACAAUUGUUGGAAGGCGAUCAUCGCGACAACCUAGUGUGGAAGAGAAGGCUCGACGAAGAUUCCUCAGCAGAUGGACCAAGAAGGACAGGGAGCAGGUAGAUGGCGAAGAGAAGAAGAAGGGAGGAAUUUUCAAAGGAAAGGAUUUGAAGCAUGAGCCUUUCACCGUCAGGAAUCAAUUACAAAACACCAUUUUCAAUUCGUGGAUCAACAUUUUACUCCUAGCCGCACCGGUCGGUAUCGCGCUCAACUACGCCAAGGUCAAUGGAAUUAUAAUUUUCGUGGUCAACUUCAUUGCUAUCAUCCCAUUGGCAGCUAUGUUGAGUUUUGCCACCGAGGAAAUCUCUCUCCAUGUAGGUGAAAGUUUAGGAGGCUUGCUAAAUGCUUCUUUCGGAAAUGCCGUCGAAAUGAUCGUCGCAAUCAUUGCGCUAGCGAAAGGAGAAGUCCUCAUUGUCCAAACCUCUUUGGUUGGCAGUAUCUUAUCCAAUUUAUUACUCGUCAUGGGAAUGUGCUUCUUCUUUGGAGGACUUAGAAGAGAAGAACAAUUCUUUAAUCAAACAGUUGCGCAAACGGCUGCAAGUUUAUUGGCCCUCGCUAUAGCCAGUGUUAUUGUCCCUACUGCCUUCGAUUUAUGGAGCACAACAACCGAUGCUCCAAUCGCGGCCAUCUCUCGUGGUACCUCGGUCAUUCUUCUUGUGGUAUAUAUCGGCUAUCUUUACUUCCAGUUGCAUACACAUGCUACAAUCUUCAAUGAGGAGAGUCAAAAGGUACCAAUGAAGCCACGCAAGAAUGCUUUACCUCAAGGCGCAAUCGCAAAGAGUUUGGCCAAGGCUGGUGGAAUUGGGGCGGGGCCUGGAAGAGCAAACAUCACGGAGCGACCACCUAACGACGAACUCAUUAACCCAAACGCACAUGAAGAGGAAGAGGAGGAGGAAGAGGGACCACAAUUACAUAUCUUGGUCGCCUGGGCUACACUUGCAGGUUGCACUGCUAUCAUCGGACUUUGCGCAGAAUUCAUGGUUGACAGUAUUGGCGCAAUUACUGCUAAUGGUGCAGUUUCGGAAGAAUUUGUUGGUCUUAUUCUCCUUCCUAUCGUUGGAAAUGCUGCAGAGCAUGCCACUGCAGUAACGGUUGCUUGCAAAGAUAAGAUGGACCUUGCAAUUGGUGUCGCAGUUGGUUCUAGUAUGCAAGUCGCCUUGUUCCUUAUCCCCUUACUGGUCGUCAUCGGAUGGAUAAUGGGCAACGAUGCAAUGAACUUGAGUUUCGAUGGUUUCCAAGUUGCUGUCCUUUUUGUGGCUAUCUUACUGGUCAAUUAUUUGAUUGGUGAUGGUAAGAGUCAUUGGUUGGAAGGAAUGCUUUUACAAUGCCUGUACAUAAUCAUUGCGGUAUGUGCUUGGUACUACCCAGCAACGGGUGUUGCCUAA